GGCGCCCGCGGAGUUCCCGGAGUCCGGUCCCCGCGGCGGGCUCGCGCUGGCGCUCGCUCCCGGGUUCCCGGCCCUGAGAGCUCGGCGGCCGCUGCGCGCGCGCGUGCCACCCGGCCCGGUCCCCGCCCCUAGACACGCCGGGCUCCCGGGGCACCACGGCCAUGUGCUCGUUAGCGUCGGGCGCCACCGGCGGCCGGGGCGCUGUGGAGGAUGAGGACCUGCCAGAACUGUCGGACAGCGGUGACGAGGCCGCCUGGGAGGAUGAGGACGAUGCUGAUCUCCCCCACGACAAGCGGCAGACCCCCUGCCUGUUCUGUAACAGGUUAUUCACAUCUGCUGAGGAAACAUUUUCACACUGUAAAUCUGAGCAUCAGUUUGAUAUUGAUAGCAUGGUUCAUAAACAUGAGACAGAAAAAAGAAGACUCAGAGACACAGAGGAAAAGCCAUGUGAAGACAGAGGCAGAGAUUGGAGUUUUGUAUCCACAAGCCAAGGAACACUGGAGCCAUCGGAAGUUGGAAGAGCAUGGACAAAACAGAGGUGCUGCCAAAGCUUCGGGAAGACUUUAGGAUGCAGAAUAAAUCCGUGUUUAUUCUGGGCGCCAGCGGAGAAACGGGCAGAGUGCUCUUAAAAGAAAUCCUAGAACAGAGCUUGUUUUCCAAAGUCACGCUCAUUGGCCGGAGGAAACUCACCUUCCACGAAGAGGCUUAUAAAAAUGUGAGUCAGGAAGUGGUGGACUUUGAAAAGUUGGAUGACUACGUGUCUGCCUUUCAAGGUCACGAUGUUGGAUUCUGUUGCCUGGGUACCACCAGAAAUAAAGCCGGGGCGGUAAGGAAGGAAUAUAUCUUUUUCCCUUUUUGCUGGCCAGUAAUGUCAAGGAGUCCUUUCUUGCUCCCUCUUUUUCUUUGUGCUUAUUGCAGUGCUAAAAUGUAAAUACACUCUUAAUUACUUAAGAUUCCCUAUGCUGCCUUAAGCUUUACAAUACUCUGAAUAGUACCUAUAAGGUUAUCCUUCUUUCAGAGUAAUCCAUGAGUUUAGGCCCAAGUGUUAGGGACGUCAUAAAUAUUUAUAUGAUCUUGCCUAUUACAAAAAUUACUAUCAUUAACUUGCCCUGACUAAGGCAAACUAUUAUGUCUGUCUGAAUAAAAGAAAUUGACUCAUGCUGUUAGCAGUAAGCUUCCUCCUCCCCCUUAAUAAAUGUUUUAAACUUGAAGUGUUCUCUCUCACUUGAGUGAUGCAUCUGAACUUAUUUUCAUGCUAAGCUUUAAACUUUUGGGAUAGAACAUCAGAACAGAGAGGCACGAUUCAGCCAGCCUUCAGUGAUGACUCAGCCUUCAACGAUGAUUCCACUCCAGUAAUGAUUCAGCCUUCACUGACGCAAAACUGUUUUAACACGCAUUUCAUUUUCUUUUCAAUGGUGUUCUAAAUUAAGUUAGCCCUUGUCCAAAAGUCAUUGUUUACUACAUAGAUUCUGGCGAAAUGUUAAUACAGGUAUAUCUUAAUUUAUACCUUGACUAUCAUUUAUCUUUCUGGCAGAAAUUUACAUCUGAAGCUGAACAUGUCUAUUAAAUAUACGGGAACAUGAUUCUGCCAUGGGGAUUUAACGUAGAUUUAUAAACCAGGCCCAUGCAUCUGAAUCAUUAGGGAAACAUAUGGUUAGGAAGUACUGGUUUAUACCAACCAAGUAGUUAGGCUCAGGUGAAUUUCUCUGGGCUUUCUGGUUAUCCAGAUAAUAAUUCCAUUUAUGCUUUCAGUUGAGAUAUAUUUCCACAUCUUCUGUAGGUCUGCAUAUUCACCCUGGAACACAGCUUGGUUUUGAGCUCUGUGCUGGGAACUGUGGGUUAGAGACAUUUGACUUUCCCAGGAAUUGGCACAUUAUUUCUCCUGGAAAGGGUCAUGUUCCUGUUCUGCAGCUGGUACAUUUUCUGUCCCAGGGACCAUGAUAAGCAGUGUCCUCCAAAAGCACUAAAAAACUGUUAGUCCAGGACACUGCAGGUUUUACUGUCUCAAGUGCCAAGCUGGUUUUGGUUGUGACUCAGCAAAACAAAACACUGCAUUAGGCAUAGAGCAGUUGAUUUUCAUGAUAUAAGGCAAAUCUCAUUAUAGGAUGUGCCAGGAAAAAGUCUGAAUUGCUUGGUUGCAUUCAAAUUGUGUAAUGCAAUUUUAACCAGAGGAAUUAGGUGUCUUCGCUAUCCAGAAUAUUUUUUUUUAAUGGGAUUGGUUCUCUACCUCUCAAUCUACUCAGUGCCUUUUGUUCUCCUUUAAAAUCAGUUUGAAAAAGAUAGAUGAAAUUAACUAGUAAGCAAGGGAAGACUAGUAAGCCAAUGGUCUCAGAAAUGAGUUAGGACUUAAAUGGUUUAAGAGGAUUGUGCAGAAAGUAAACUGACACAUCCACAAGAAAGAAUUAAAAAAAAAAAACCAAAUGUAGAUUAGGUACAAUAUAAAGUUUGGAGGUUGUGAUAACUUUAGCAGUUGAAAAAAUAUGACAGUUUGCAAGAGGCUCAGAAACAAUAGUUGUUUGCAGGGAGCUUGUGGAUUUCCAAGCUUUUCCCAGCUGGUAUUCGGGGUCAGCAGCCCUCUGUAGAAGAAUCCACUGGGUGGUUCAUCAGAUAGGUACUGCAAAGCUGGUGGCAAGCCUAGUGUCAUUCAGUAGCUGUUUUAUAACUCAGACACCAUAUUUUGCCUUAUCAAUCUGCGUUUCCAGUAGAGAAACUUCAAGAAAUUCUGUCUCAGUGUUGAAAUCAUCUGGGUAGCCAGCUUUAGUGUGUUAGUUUGCCAGGGCUGCCAUAACAAAGUACCAUAACUUGGGUGGCUUAAACCACAGAAAUUUAUUGUCUCACAGUUCUGAAGCCUAAAAGUCAGAGCUCAAGGUAUCAGGCUGGUUCCAUGCGAUGGCUGUGAAGGACGGCUCUGUCCCCUGGCUCUCUCCUUGAUGGUAGCUGCCUUCUGUCUGUACCUCUUCACAUGGCGUUUUCCUGGUGUGCCUGUGUCCAUGUCCACGUUUUCCCUUUUUAUAAGGACACUAGUCUUUUUGGAUUAGGGGCCAUUCUAUUCUGUAUGACCUCAUCUUAAUUAUUACAUCUGCAAUGAUCUUAUUAAUAUUUCUAGAUGACAUCAUGUUCUGAAAUACUGGGGGUUGGGACUUCAACAUAAGCAUGGCAGGGGAUACAAUUGAACUCAUAAAAUUUAGUCUACCCAGAUGUCUGUUGAAACUGGCACUAGGGACAGGUCUAUUAGCUUUCUUCAGAUUUUCAUAUCCACAAAUAAAGUUUCCUUGGAACACAGCCAUGCUCAUCACUUUAUGUAGUACCUACGGCUGCAUUUGUGCUAUAAUGGGAGAGCUGUGUCAUUGCAACAGAAGCCUGCAAAGCUGAAAAUAUUUACUAUCUGAUCCUUUACAGGAGAAGUUUGCCCACUGCUGUUCUAAUCUAUUUUAUUAGAUGUCUGGAAGGGGGCUUGUGAAGUGGAGAGGUCCUAGAUGGUUCAGGGGACCCAGAUCACAGGCCCUGUUUAGAUGCCAGGUAGCUGUGGAGCCUUGAGUAUGCUGGUUAGCUUGAAGAAUUUGAAGCAGAAAUAGAGCUAAGUGGUACCAUUUACAGAAUGACAGACCCUCCCUUUUUGGAAAAGGACCCCAUGACCUUGAGUUAUUCCAGCUUGGUCACUUGUUUUAUCAGUGAGCACUGAAAUACUGUACCUUGUUAGGAUGAGUUGUUCUGAAGCUAGAGUGGUGUUCCUAGUUUACAAGCAUUGGUAAAGAAGAUUAGAAGAAAUACUUAAGAGCUUUGGAUUUUAAUAAGACUUAAAACGAGUAAUUGGAGAAUUUGUUUCCUGUGAUGUUUGUGGAGCCUUUGGGAAUAUCUCUACUGAGUCAUGGUACACUGUGUUUAUUCUUUCAAGUGAGUGCUGGGGAAGGAAAUUUAUAAUGAGAACUUAAUUUCUUUCUCUAGAGGGAACUCUGAUUCCUAGCUUAGAGUAGGAUGCAUUGGCUGUGGAAUCAUAAAGACACAAAAACAUAAUGGACUUAAUACUCUCAGAAGAGAUGUCUGUCUUUUCUUUUGCCAUAUGGUUAGUUUCACUAAGUACGGUUUUUCCAAAAAUUGUGUUUCUGGGGUAUGGAGUAGCUUCUUAGUUUUUCUGUUGUUCUUUGUUUUGAGCUGUUGGGGAAGAAGAAAGUGCAUGAAUGAAGUUUUAAAGGAUGGCUCCUUCCAUGUGUAAAUGGAAUCUUCCUUGCUCCAAAGAAAUUUGGUGCGUUGAUAUCUCCUAGUCAGUGACCAGGGACCCACGCUUAAGUUUGAUUUCUAAGUCCUUGAAAGCUGUUGACCCUUUUGCUUUUGAGUUUCAUUCACCAGUUAAAAGGCCACGCCAUCAGGGUGACUGAAGUGAAAUUCAAAAUUUAGUGUGCUUGGAA